AUGACGGUCCAGGCCGUCGCAAAUGGGGUCUCAGAGCACCCAGUGCCCAAUGGGCAUACUACUUCUCAUGCACGAUCAUCGCGCGCGAGCGCCGACAUUCCUCCAUUGCCGGAUCUUGCGCAGCUAAUUACGGUAUCUGAUGUCAGAACCGCCUUGACGCAGCUUUCUAUCCGAUCGUCAGCUUUGAACAAAGCAAUCAAGUCGAACAUCGAACGGUCCGCGGAAACUAUCGACGAAGCCCAGGAAGGCAUCAGGGCUCUAGCACCCCAGCUUGACCUGAUUCACGACGAGGCUAGCAUCCUCAACACUAGACUUGAGGCUACUGCAGAAACGGCUAGAAAAGUCAGCCGCAGGAUUCGAAGCUUAGAUGAAGAAAAGCGGAGACUAAAGAUUGCUACGCAAUGGGCAUUGAACACUUCAGAGCUCAAGCGGGCACUUAUUGAUCUUUCUGCGGCAAUCGAUGAUGCCGAUUGGGACUCGGCGAUGAGGCAUUGCUCGAAGGCUCUUUCAAUACCGGACGAAGUGGUCAACUCCCGCUUUGCCGCCUCUGUUGUGCCGACGACGGAGCUACCGGAUGAUCCCGCAACAACCCUCUUGAAAUUACGGACGCGUCUUCUUCAUAUAUUCGUUCGCGCAUUCCGUCGUGCAACUGCCGACAAGCAACAAGCAGAUGCGACUCGCUUCUUCAAGCUAUUCCCGCAAGUUGGCUGGCACGAGGAAGGCCUAAGGGUAUACAGCGACUUUGCCAACGAGCUCGUCCAGGAUUUUGGCAGAGGUCUUACCGACAGUCUCGCAACUGGUCAAGGUGCUGGUAGUUCAGCUCCUUUCUUUUACUCGAUACUACUCACACGGCUGUUCGAGCACAUGGCUUUGCUCGUGGACCGGCAUCAGCCACUCGUGGACAAGCACUACGGAGCGGGUAGCUUUGCUGCAGGCGUCAUGGGGGGCCUGCAGAACGAAUGCGAUCGUCUCGGCUGCAAGGUGCUAAGAACUUGGAAGGAGGAGAGGAAGCUGCGACGUAGGAUGGAUAGCAGUCGAGUCUACCGCUCCACAUUUCUCGAAUCGUUGGGUUCUUCGGUCAACCUGCGGUCAGGGGUUGCCAUUCCUGGCAGAACUGGGACGCCGGCAGGCGGAGCUUCAGCCGCCAAGGCUGGGACAGCCGCCCUCGGGCUGGAAGAGGAUGGCUCAGAUCGAAGGGAGGUAGAUCAAACGCUUUCCGAGGCCGCGGCCAUCGGAGCCACAUGGGCCACCUACAAGCGCUUUCUCAAUGGACGAUUACGAGGAGAAACAAAAUCACCUCCAGCACAUGAUCAAGCGAGUGAUGAUGAAGAUGGCACGGGCGUGAAAGAUUUCCGCAAGCCGGUUGCUACACCUCGCACAGCGAAUUUUCAGAAAACGAAUGGGGCAGAUGCCGGAGAGCAAGCAACUGAUGUCACAGCUGCAACCCUGGCCGUGCCUCCAAUUGCGGAUAUGUCCACUCUUGGCAAGGAGGUGAAAGAUAUGCUUCAUGAAGAAUACGUUCUGCUUGAGACUUGGCAUCUUCGUAGCAGCUUAGAACGGGCGCACAGGAUCGAUACUUCGGACCCUUCUGCGCGGCCGCUCACGUCUUCCAUCCUGGACGAUGCCUUUUUCGUUAUUCGCGCCGUGCUCGCACGAACGCUCUCCACCUCCGAUGUGGACACGGCGGACGCGAUGGUCACGCAUAUUAAGAAGGCAAUCGAGGAUGAUUUUCUGCAGGUCAUUCAUCGACGGCUGGAGAAUUCUUACCGCUCUGCAAGCAUCAAUAUGGCUGUUGAUGGCCCGCGCAAGGAGACGGCGACGAGGGAGAUGCGUACGAGUUUUGUUACCUACCUCAACGUUUUGAGCACAUCCGCCUCCUAUGCAGAGCGCAUCGUGCGAGAUCUCGGUUCUGAAGGCAGUCUUUUACAAUUGUAUGAUGAGGGUGAGCUGCCUGACGUAUCUCUUAUCCUGAGGACGUUCGGUGGUGUGAGCGCUCGCUUGAGAACCGCGCUUCGGACGCAGCUUGAUCAGUUGUUCGCUCAGCUUACAAGACCGCGCUUGCGACUGGUCUUGACGGAAGCGUAUGGAGAUAUGAGCUACGUUCUGCAAGACGACAGUUAUGCGGAGGCAGAAGCUAGCGAUCAAGUUCGGCGACGCUUCAUCCAGGGCUGGGAUCAGGUGCUUGCGAUAUACAAGGACCUGUUCGAAGACAGCAAUUACGACCUCUAUCAUAGCUUGGCGAUCGAUGCGAUUGUGCGACCUUGGGAGAAGCUGAUCAUAGGUAUGCGCUUCACGGAACUCGGCGCGCUGCGCUUCGACAAGGAUCUGCGCUCGAUCACGGCGCAUAUAGCCGGACAGACGAGCCUCGGCGUCCGGGAAAAGUUCCUCCGGCUGCAGCAGAUGAGCUUUAUCCUCCAGCUCGACCCGUCGGAAGAGGACGAGAGUGCCUACGAGACAGCCGCCGCGUCCGGAAUGAGUUGGCGUCUUUCUGCAAGCGAGGUUCAAAUAAUCCGCGGCCUCCGGCUGUCCGGCUGA